GGGGGUAGGGUGAGGCCGGCCGGCCGAGCGGCUCGUUUUUGUGCGCAGUGCGCCUGCGCACUGCCUCUCCUGCUGCUCCCUCACUUCGGUGGCGGCUUUCCUGAUAGCCCUCCUGCGGGGGGAGCCUAGGCCCCUUAGUCCGCUGCGAUGGGGGGUAGCCAUCCGGUAAAAAAAAUUCCCAUAUGAAGAAGAAAAACUUUCUUCGAUAUGAUGGAUUCAGAAGCUCACGAAAAGAGGCGAAAAAUCCUGUCUCCUCCACAGCAGGAUAUAUCACCUCACACUGUUAAUAAUUUUAAGCACUACCUUUGUGGUUGCUUUGCAGCCUUUAACAACAUAGCAAUCACAUACCCCAUUCAGAAGAUCCUUUUUCGGCAGCAGCUGUAUGGACUCAAAACUCGAGGUGCAAUACUUCAGUUACAGAAGGAGGGAUUGCGAAAUUUGUACAGAGGGAUCCUGCCUCCAUUGAUGCAGAAGACUACAACAUUAGCACUUAUGUUUGGUCUCUAUGAAGAUUUCUCUUUCAUUCUCUGCCAGCAUAUCAGUACUCCUGAAAUUGUGACUCGAAGUACAGCAGCCGCUAUGGCUGGUGCAACAGAGGCACUUCUUACACCUUUGGAACGUGUACAGACACUGCUGCAAGACAACAAGCAUCAAGAUAAAUUUACAAACACUUAUCAUGCUCUCAAGGCUUUGAGAUCCUAUGGAAUUGGAGAAUAUUAUCGAGGUUUGAUACCCAUUCUUUUCCGUAAUGGACUCAGCAAUGUACUGUUUUUUGGCCUUCGAGGACCCAUCAAGGAACAUUUGCCUGAAGCAAAUUCUCAUAGCGCUCAUUUGAUUGAUGAUUUUAUCAGUGGAGGUCUAUUAGGUGCCAUGUUGGGAUUCUUGUUUUUUCCAGUGAAUGUUGUCAAAACUCGAAUGCAGUCUCAGAUUGGUGGGGAAUUUCAGUCUUUCCCCAAGGUUUUUGCAAAAAUCUGGCUAGAGCGUCAUGGGAAAUUGACACAUCUUUUCAGAGGUGCCCAUCUGAAUUACCAUCGAUCCCUCAUAUCUUGGGGCAUAAUUAAUGCAACUUAUGAGUUCAUGUUAAAGGUAUUAUGAAAGAGGUCAUCAAUAAAAUCCCAAUCAUAAGCUCAGUAGAACUUCCAAGAAGACUUCAGUUAUACCUUGGUUGUUAACAGGUUGAAUACCUAGACAGUGUCAUAAGUCAAACUGAGCAAGAUGAAAUGAGCAGAAUAAUUUUUCUUUGGGAUAAAAAAUGAGAAUAAAGAUUUAUGGGUAGGGAAGUUAAAAUUAUUUUUUAUCAAUACUUGCUAGAUCUAGACUUUUGUUAUUGUUAAUUACCAUCAGUGUUGAUGGAAAGGUUCAAAGUCCAAGAAGUGAUUUUUUUUUAAAAUUCUUUGAACAGUCUAUAUUAAAACUUGAGCUGCCACAAACAGCUGGAGAAAAGAGCCCUAGUGUCCUGAGAUUUCUCAGGCUUUUUGUGCUUUACUGUCAUUUGCUCGCUAAAGCUGUAGAAAAGGAUCUUUAGUUUUGUGAGGUUUCAGAAUUUGGAGAGUCAGGGAGGAAAGCAAAAUAGAGAAGAGAAGCAGCUCUAUUAGGUAUGGGCUUUUCAUGGAAAAACUGCCUACCUGCACUGUAAAGCCAAAUUUAUACAGUUACCAAAACUGUGUUGCUCUUAAGUCACAUAGGAUUUUAUUGUGAUGGAACUGAGCAACUGUUACAAAAUAACUUUCUGUUCUGGAAAACUCAGAACUUUAAAUUAAUAAUUAUAAGCUUCAGUUUUCCUUUCUAGAUGUAAUUCUCUCAUUUAAUGGAUCCAAGAUUUAUGUUGAAGAAUAACUUUAGAUGUUGAUUUAUCCUGUUUAAAGUUAAAUUUCAUCACAAAAAUGAGGAAACUUGAAUCUGUUAGUUUGUCCUUUGAAACAAAAACUUUCAUUCCAUUUUCACAUGGCACAGAACUGUGUCUGAUUGAAUUGGUGCUUCAUCAGCACAGGUGUUUUGUUUCCUUGCAUGGUCACUUAGGUAACUUGAAUUCCACUAACUCACUAUAAUCCUUCCUCCCUUCUCCCCUUGAAAAGAAGCAGCUUUAUUUAGUUGUUACUUCAUCUCCACCUCUGACAUGUGUCCUGGCUUUGCAAAAGUUCAUUAUUUUGUAGCCUGUGCUUUUUCCGGUUUCUGAACAAAACCUGGAAAAAACCUGAACUCUUGCUUUGUAUUAGACUAGCUAAUUUUUUGUUGGGACCCAAAUUUCAGAUUAUCUUCAUAUACCAUAAAAUUCAACCAAGUCUUAAGCUUCUGGGUAAGACUUUGGAAUUUUAGCAGUUGACGCUUAACUAGAUAUCUUGACAGCUAGUAGCUAAACAAGUUGGAAAUAUCAUUUACUGAAGAAAUGGGAUUUAAACCUUUUUUUUCAGGUAAAUAACGUGGUCGAAAUGACUGACAUAAAUCAGAAUUUUACAAACAGAAAUAUCCUAAGAAAAUUAUUUAACCUAUAAAAGAGCUACUAAAUAUUUAACUUUAAAAUAGGUUGGUUUCAGAUAUCUUCCAUACUGACAUCAGUGACUUUUCAACUUAGAACUGCUGCCUCCUUUUUUAUAGGAGUGAUAAAUGGAUGUUGUACAGCAGUUUAAUGUCCCGACCUUGCCAUUCAAAUGUUUUAAUAAUCUAUGAGAAUCUGUGCUUAAAAUCAAGGCUUUGACAAGUGGCGUUUACUAAGGGUUGCAUGGGAUUAGUUAGUGAAAAGUCUAGAAAGAAUACAUACUUCUAAAUGCAGUAUGUGACUGACUGAUCUAGUGAAUUUGACAUCUUCAGCUAUAUGAAAUGAGAAUCCAGCAAACACCAUUUUUAAAAAUUGCUUUCUAUAACUGCAUUAACAGCCUUAAAGUGGCCCCAUUUUGUUAUGUUGUAGAUGAAAAGAUAUAAACUGGCAUUAAGGAUAUUAUUAACACUAUUCAGGGUUAAAUGUUACCAUUUCAAAUCACCAAAUAUGUGUGUAUGGCGACCUAAAACUUAAUAAGUGGAAGAUUAUUUAAGCAAAUGGAGUGGCACUUUUCAGAGUUUAAAUUUUUAAAAAAUAUGUGAGGUAGGCCUUGAUUUUGGUCAUGUUUUCAGACAAAACCUUUGGAAAUAUUCCCAAAUACUCACGCUUAUGUAUGCAUGCAUUGUAAAUUAUUUCCCCCUCCAUUGUACCUUGGUCUACUGAAUUGAUUGUAUUAUCUUUAUUCCAUCUUGGUCCACUCCUGUGUUUACACUCCAGUUGGUAGAAGUUGUGUUCUCAUGCACUUUUGUAGACUGUAAAUGAAAUUAGAAGUUGGAGAGAGUGCCUAGUUUUCCCUCUCUGUUUAGUUUUGCUUUGUCCUUUUUCUUUUUUUUUUCAAUAAACAAGUUGGCUCAUGAAAUAACAUUUUUAAUGCUUCUAACUCUGGAUGCUAUUUUGGAUUUCCUUGUCACUUUGUUACAGCAUAUGAAAACCAGAAUGCACAUAUGUUAUAGAUGAAGAUGAUUUUGCAUCACACAAGACAUCUUCAGUUUGACAAAAGAUUGGAUGAUACUUGUGUGGAUCAUUUAGCCAUCUGCAUUGUUUCGGACUUUAAAAAAAGUGUAGUCACUGAAUUUUCAACUUCAGUGUAACUAGCUUGCUGUAAGACUUUUGAAAAGGUAAAUGUUUGUUAACUUUAUCUGAAAAGCUUUUAAAGUGGUCUUUGUGUCACCCCAUUGUCUAUUUGUGAACAUGGGGGUGCUUUUUGUUUUGCCCUUAAUUAAAUGCCUCCAGGAAUAAGUUACAGUUUUGUACACAGUCCUAAACAUUUGUGUGUGCCCCCAAUAUAGUAAAACACAGCCUCUGUAUGUCAAUAACUUCUGCUGCAUCUCUAUUUUAUUUACAAGUGGCCAGAAAAAAAUGGGCUUUUCUUCUUAGUUAGCAUUCAUCUUAGCUAAGGUUGUACAGACCAUGUAAUAUAUAUAUUGUGAACAGUGCUGUAAAAUAGGAUCGUGUGGAUGGAGAACUGAAAUUCCUAAGUGUAGAUUACUGGAGUAAUACUUAUAUUUCAGUGCAGCGUAGUAGAAAGAUAUGUGUAAGAAAAAGAACACGUUAAUAAAACUGGGCUUCAUGGCAAAGCAGUCAUGUCUGAAAAGCAGAUCCAGUAUAGGUGAAAUUAUGUACUAUGUGGUAUUCAGUCAUGAAGUAAAAUUUGCAGUAAAAGGGGGAAAGCACUUGGAUCCAGUUUUGCUUUUUAACUUCAAUAAAAGAUAUCUCCAUUUGUUUUCUGAUGAAGAGCAAAGUAUUAUGUAUAUUUUAGGAACUUGGAAAUUUUUCUCCAAUCUUAAAAGAUUAAAUUAUCUUGUUUUAAAA